GAGUUUUUGACCGUACGGCAAUAAAUCGAUAUUUUCUGGUAAGUGGCGAAACACAUUUGACUAUAUAAGAUUAAAGAUGUGAAGUGUUUCGAUUUUAGCCAUGUGGAAGCAUAUUAGUAGAUAAGUUGCUUGCCUGCUUUGUAAAUAGUCAAUCGCAGAUUAUACACAACACAUUGAUUUGAACAGCAGCUUCACUGAGUUUUCGCAGAAAACAGCGAUUUUAAUCGCCUGUGUAAUAGUGACUCUGAAAAAUGGUUGAGCGAAGCGAUGGCUGGUUCAUGCGUCAUGCUCGUGAACGGGUGGUGCCAGCGGAGAUGAGUCUGCUCUUGCUGCAUUGGGUACUGUGAUCGUUGUUUUUUAUGCUGUUGAUUUUUUUAUACCUAAACAGUAGGACACGGCAUUCCUAAAUAUUCCUAAACUUUACCAUUGUUAAAUCACUUUUUUAUAUUUUUUUAUUUUAUAGUCAUAAUUUUUAUAUCAUUUACAUUUGUAAUGGAAAGUGUCUUCAUGAGUUAUAUCAUAUUGUAGUCAUUUUUCAAUUUGACGACUCUGUUUAUAAUACAGGGAGAAAAAAACAGCCCUUGCUGAGUUUCUUGUCGGUUCUUCUCAGUACAAGGUCUCCCGCCGUAGAUUUUCGAACUGAUGGCGUAGCUUUUCUACAUUUACCAGUGCUUGUAACAGCCUAGACUGAAUAAAAGAUAUUGAAUUUUGUUUUUUUUUUAAAUUAUAUGGGUUAUUCACCAACUCGACACAAUAUUAGCAAAGCGAAUUGAUACCUGGCCAACCGUGUAGUAUAUGAUGGCUCCAUGUAAAUGCGUCAUGUGAGAGAAAAGAAUUUUCUAGUAGUUAUAAUUUCUCGUAGUUCAUGUGGUCGAAGCUUUAGAACAGGUAUCAAUAGAUAAAAUUUAUAUUAUAUACCUAUCUUUAUUGUAAAAGAUAAAAUUUAUAAGAUUAUUAUCAACAAUUAACUGUUAGACUAUUCAGUGUGUUCCAUUUCUUAAACCGAUGUUGUCAGCAUGAUUGGAAAAGUCGCAUUAGUUCUUUUUGGAAUUUUCGUUUCAAGUUUUGCCUAUAAAAGCUAUGAAAACUAUAAAGUCUACAAGGUGAUUCCCAAAUCAGAAGUCCAUGUACAAAUAUUGACCGAUUUACAAAAGGGAGGAAAUUAUGAUUUCUGGACGGAUUUUUUGGCGGUCAACAAUGAUAUCAGAAUUUUGGUGUCUCCAGACCAAGAAGCGGAAUUUGUGUCAUACCUUAAGAGUUUCAAUUUAGAUGCGGAAAUGACCAUUAGAAAUGUUCAAGAGUUAAUCGAUGCUCAACUUAAGCCAUCUGCUUCAACAAAAUCGAGCAGGCUCGGCUCUUACUCUUGGAACCAGUACUACAACCUAGCACAAAUCCAUUCAUGGCUGGAUGAACUUCAACAAUUAUAUCCAAACGUGGUACGGACCGUCGUCAUUGGUAAAUCUUUUGAAGGUCGCGAUAUCAAAGGAGUUGUUAUAGAUUUCAAAGCUGGUAACAGAGGAGAAAGACCUUUGACCGGAAUGUUAGAAGGCGGUAUUCAUGCUAGAGAGUGGAUAUCACCAGCAACUUUAACGUGGAUAAUUAAAGAGUUCUUGACUAGCAGAGAUCCAGAUGUCAGGUUUAUGGCUGAAGCUUUCGUUUGGCACAUCUUUCCAGUUAUCAAUCCAGAUGGCUAUGAGUAUACUUUCACAGACAAUCGUAUGUGGAGAAAAAAUAGAAAUCCGGCGAACCAUGUCUCUUGUGGUACCAAUAACGAUAUUGGCAACGGUAUUGAUCUCAAUAGGAAUUUUGGCUUCUUAUGGAUGACUAUCGGUGCAUCAAGCAACCCUUGCGACAAUACUUAUGCUGGUCCGAUUCCAUCAUCAGAGUUGGAAACUCAAGCGAUCAUUAACUAUGUGACACAACUGAAUACCACUACCAACAUGAUAUAUUACGUAGCUUUCCACUCGUACAGUCAAAUGAUCUUGGUGCCUUUCAGCCACGCUACUGGGAAUCAAGUGUUGCAGGCCGACAAUUACGCUGAUAUGUAUGAAAUAGCAAUUCGUAGUGCUGAUAAGUUAGAGGCAGUUCACGGUACUGAUUAUAUUGUAGGAACUUCUGCUGAAAUAUUGUAUGCAGUGAGUGGAUCAAGCUUCGACUGGGUGAAGGGUGUGACGAAUGCUCCUGUUGUGUAUCUGUUCGAACUUAGAGAUGUAGGCCGAUACGGGUUCUUACUGCCUCCUGACCAAAUAGUACCUAAUGGCGAGGAAAUAAUGGCCAGUUUGGUCGAGAUGGACAUUAACACCCGUGCACUGGGAUACUACAGUUACAGCGGUGCUGGUGCUAUCAAAUCUGUGUUAAUAGUCAAUUUGAUCGCUCUUAUAAUCCUCUUCUUCAGAUAGAGAGAUGCGUUUUUCGUUAGUUCUUAAUUUUAUUUUAUUUUUAAUACAGAUGCUACGUAUAAGUAAAUUUUUGCAUCAAGCAACACAUGCUAGCAAGUGGCGCAUCCUAUAAUUUGCUUUUAUGGUUGUAAAAAAACUGUGAAUUUAAAUUAAUAAAUAAAACAAGUUUCAACGGGUUAUUUAUUGACGUUUCGCAUCCUUUGCAGGAAUGUGUCAUCGGAAUAAACGUCAAUAAAUAAAUAAAUAAAAUCAUUGCAUCUAACCCGUUGCAACUUGUUUUAUUUGAAAACCUAAGAAAAUUAAAUGAAUAAUAUUUUUUAUCGACACUGAUACACUGGCUAGCCGUCAUUGAAAUUAUUUAUUGUAUGUUCUACGUACCUACUGUAUAUGGCGACUUCUUAUCGACUUAACUGUAAAAGAAUGUCCUCGAUCAUUAUCUUAGAUAAAAAUUAGCGAUACUGCUUUGUUCUUUAAGUUAUUGUAUAUCUAUAAAAUUUGAAUUAUACAAUUAAGUA